AUGCAGUUUAUCUACGUGUUACCGGGAUGGGAAGGGUCGGUUGCGAAUGGUAGAGUUCUUCGGGAUGCUCUUCUUAGACCACAUGGAUUGAAAGUUCCAAGACCGGGUUAUUACUUAGUUGAUGUUGGAUAUACAAAUGGAGAGGGUUUUCUAGCCCCGUAUAGAGGGCAAAGGUAUCACUUAAAUGAAUGGCGUCAUGGGCACCAACCAACUACAGCAAAGGAAUUCUUUAACAUGAAACAUUCAUCAGCAAGAAAUGUCAUUGAACGAUGUUUUGGAAUUUUGAAGGGAAGAUGGGGAAUAUUAAAGGACAAUUCAUAUUAUCCAAUUGAAAUGAAAAAUAAGAUCAUAAUGGCAUGUUGUCUGCUACAUAACUUCAUAAGACAAGAAAUGGAAGUAAAUCCUUUUAACAAUGAAUGUGAUCGGGAUGAGGGAACCGGAGAUGUUGGACCUGAAGAUGUUGAUAAUAUUACUUCUGUAGGGACUUCGAAUGAAUGGACCAUAUUUAGAGAUAAUUUAGCGGAGUCCAUGUGUAUGACAAGUCAAAUUAGAAAUUAUAAGACAUGGACAAACAAUGAAGAAGCAAAGCUAGUUGAGGCAUUAGUGAAUAUGACAAAUGUUGGAGGAUUUAAAGUCGAUAAUGGUUUUAAGUCAAGUUAUUUGCAACAUCUUGAGCAAGCAUUAAAACAAUCACUUCCGGACUCGGGUAUUUUAGGUAAGCCACAUAUUGAGUCAAAGAUAAAAACCAUGAAGAGAGAUUGUCAAUGUGUCUACAAUAUGGUAAAUGGUUCAAACACAAUCGAGUUUGGUUAUGAUUCUGAAAAACAUUGUGUUACUGUUGAGGAUCCGGUUUGGGAGGCGUACCUACAGGUUCAUAAAGAAGCGACUAGAUGGAAACACAAAUCAUUUCCUUACUAUGAAGAUCUUUGCAUUGUUUUUGGAAAAGACCAAGCUCAAGGAAAUAGAGCUAGAGAUUUCAUUGAGAUGCAGCAAGAUGUGAACUUAGAAGAAGAAAUGCAAGAGUCGGAUGAUAACAUACUUGAAUCCGAGGAAAUUAGCCAUAAUACAUCAGUGCAAAAUGAUGAAACUUCACCAAGUGUUCGCUCUAAUAAGAGGAAACGGCCUGCCGAUGAUGUGUUCCAUAAUGUCGUUGGUUUGAUUACUGAAAGUCUUAAAGAAAUAUCAAAAGAUUUGAGUGAAUGUAUUAAAUUUGACGUAAAGAUUAACGAAUUGAGUGAGAAGAUCCCUCCAGAGAUUUUAAAGAUGGGUUCAUUAAGUCAAGUCGAGAAGUUCGAAGCUUUGACAACGGUGUAA